AUGUAUCCAUUUUCUCGACUGGUGGAGCUGGCCCGGCAUCGAGAAAUGACCCAGAUCAAACGCAUAGCGCUGCUCAGGGCUGUGAAUAUGGCCCUGUAUUUUGUGUCGGGCAAAUUGUUGGCAUUUUUAUGUCUAGUGGCGUUUGUAUUGAAUGGGGGUACUAUUACGGCGCCCCUGGUGUUUGUGACAAUCACCUUGUUCAAUAACGCCCGCACCAGUCUUACGCUGUAUUUUCCCAAUGGUGUGGCCCAGGGCUCAGAGGCCUUGGUCUCCAUUAAGCGCCUGCAAGAGUUUUUACUGUUGGAGGAAAAAGAGCUCAAUUUAAAGUAUAUCGACAAAUAUGAGACUAGUAGUGAUGGCACGGAUGUGGUGGGCGUCUGGUUGGACGCCGUGACCGCCUCCUGGGCUCUCGACCAGCACUCGGAGCCUACACUUCAUGACAUAUCGUUUAGCGUAAGCGCCGGACAACUUAUCGCUAUUGUCGGUGCUGUCGGGUCCGGUAAAAGUUCACUACUGCUGAGUGUAUUGACCGAAAUGCCUGUCCUGUCGGGCAACUUGAAAGUGAGAGGCAAAAUAUCGUACGCCAGCCAACACAUCCAUAGCCAACAGUCGUGGUCUUUCUCCGGUACGGUUCGGGAGAACGUCCUCUUCGGCGGUGUUUAUAAUGAGGAGAAAUACCGGAAAGUACUACACGUUUGCGCCCUUCAAAAAGACUUGCAAUUAUUUCCAAACGGCGACGCGACAGUAGUGGGCGAAAGGGGUGUAUCAUUAAGUGGUGGCCAAAAGGCGCGCAUCAACUUAGCCCGAGCUCUGUAUAGGGAGGCAGACAUUUAUUUAUUAGACGACCCGCUCAGUACCGUCGACACAGCCGUCGCCAAACAUAUCUACGAGAAGUGCAUCCGAGGCUAUCUGCGGGACAAAACGGUACUUCUGGUCACGCAUCAGCUUCAGUACAUCGCUGACGCCCAGCAGAUAGUUGUUCUUCGGGAGGGCCGGCAACAAGCGAUCGGCACAUACCAAGAAUUAGUGAAUUUGGGCAUUGAUUUUAUCAAUACAUGCGGCGAGAAAAAGGAGGACAAGUGUUUGGACACUACAAAAGUGGCCAAAAAUAACCCAAAACGUCAGGUGUCGGGCACCGGAUGUGAGCACACGGCACAGGGCGACUACGAGCUCCGGGAGGACAACCACAUAGUCGGCGAAAAGCCACAAAUCAACGCUUCCGGCGGCGAACAGCAAACCAUGGGUUCAGUAACGGCCGGUGUGUAUUGGUUGUACGCGCGGUCAGGCGCCGGUAUACUUACCCUAACCAUCAUUAUCGGGGCCAACGUCUUAACCCAACUGCUAUUCAAUGGCAGCGAUUACUUGUUGUCCCUCUGGACGGACAGCGAACAGCACCUGUACCAACACGAGUGGGUACGUGGGCUCUCGCGGCGGGCGAUGAUCAUCACGUUUGGCGCCCUAAUGGCCGGUCUAUUGACCGUAUCGCUGAUCCGUACGGCGCUAUUCUUCAGCUCAUGUAUGGGAGCGUCGGUUACUUUACACAACCGGCUGUUCAAUAGCCUAAUGCGGGCGCCGAUAGCCUUCAUCGACGACCGACCCAUUGGUGUCCUAUUGAACCGAUUCGCGCGCGAUAUGGGACUCGUUGACGACCUCUUACCGGUGACCGCUUUUGACGCCCUCCAGAUCGGUGUCCAACUGGUGGGUGCGGUGGCAAUCACCGCGUGGGUAGCGCCGAUAACUCUGGCCCCGACAGCCGCGUUGGCCGUCAUUUUCCACGUUUUGCGCCGGUAUUACAUACCCAGCGCUCGAGCUGUGAAACGGCUGGAGGCCAGCGCCCGGUCGCCCUUAUACUCGCAACUGUCGAACACAAUGCACGGGUUGGCGACUGUGCGAGGGUUCGGCACCGAGACUACCUGUGCCGACACGUUUGAUGGUCUGCAGGACCGGCACACCGGCGCCUGGUUUAUGUUUCUGUCGGCCAUCCGCUGGUUUGGCAUCGCUCUGGACGUGUUGUGUUGGCUAUACGUGGGCUCAGUCACCGGCUAUAUGACAGCCCAGUCGGACAACCCGUCGAUGACGGCCAGCGCCGUCGGGCUGACAGUGUCCACAGCCCUGUCGUUGUCGGGUGUAUUCCAGUGGGGGGUCCGCCAGUCGGCCGAACUCGAGAGCCAAAUGACAUCAGUCGAGAGGGUCGACGAGUACAGUCACGUCGCGCCGGAGCCGAACCUGGAGACCGGGCUCGACGUGCGGCCACUGCCCGAAGGCUGGCCCCGGGAGGGAGUCAUAGAAUUCAGGGACGUUACCCUAAAGUAUAGCCCAUCGGACCCACCGGUGCUCAAAAAUUUAAACGUUUGCAUUAAUAGCGGAGAGAAAGUGGGUAUAGUUGGCCGCACGGGCGCCGGCAAGUCAUCGCUAAUCGCCGCUCUCUUCCGACUGACCCCUCCCACCGCCGGUGCGGUACUUAUUGACGGCGUGGACACCGGGGCUGUGAGUUUGGCUGAUUUAAGGGGCGGGUUGUCUAUCAUACCCCAAGACCCGGUGCUGUUCGCCGGCACUGUGCGGCUCAAUAUGGAUCCGUCCGGCGAUUACGGAGACAACCGUUUGUGGGAAGCAUUAGAUGCCGUGUGUUUAAAAGAGCGGGUGAUGUUAAUGGCCGGCGCUCUGGACGCCCGGGUGUCCGAAGGGGGCGACAAUUUUAGUGUCGGUCAGCGCCAGUUGCUAUGUCUGGCCCGGGCUUUACUCCGACACAAUCGUAUACUAGUGUUGGACGAGCCGACCGCUAAUGUAGACCCCGGGACAGACGAAUUGAUCCAGGCCACAAUUAGGAACAGGUUUGCUGCGUGCACAGUCUUAAUUAUAGCUCACCGGUUGCACACUAUUAUGGACUCGGAUCGGGUACUGGUGCUCGACUCGGGCCAUGCGGUCGAGUUUGACGAGCCGUACGCUUUGUUGGCCGACGAGAGCGGACUAUUUUCGGGUUUGGUUCGCACGACCGGCACAGGUAUGGCUCGGAAACUGACAGAAAUGGCAAAAAUAGCUUAUAAUAAACGUCAUAAUAUGGACACUGAUGUGUCCGACAGCGAGCGGCCACUAUCUUAUGACUUUGAGGCUGGCAUUGAAACGAACGAUGAGUGUAUCACAUAA